UUAAUUUUUUUUAAAAGAGCAUCUGUUAAUUUUUUAUAAUCAAAUGCAAGCCAGUUUUCCCUGCUUGUUUGAUUUCACGCGAAUACAAUUCCUUUUCCGUUUAUACCGUCAAUAGCAAUCAUGGCUGACGCAAGUGUAGCCACCAUAAAAACUCGCAAGUUUAUGACUAACAGACUGCUAUGCAGGAAACAGAUGGUUGUUGAUGUCUUGCAUCCAGGGCGUGCCACAUUAUCAAAGACAGAAGUACGGGAUAAAAUUGCCAAGUUAUACAAAACAACAGCUGAUACUGUGUUCUGUUUUGGGUUUAAAACACACUUUGGUGGCGGCAAAACCACUGGCUUUGCUUUGAUUUACGACAAUCUUGAUAAAGCUAAAAAAUUUGAGCCAAAAUACAGACUUGCCAGACAUGGUCUGUUAGAGAUAAAAAGAACAGGCCGUAAGCAAAGAAAGGAAAGAAAGAACAGACAAAAGAAAGUACGAGGUACAGCUAAGACAAAAGUCGGUACUGGCAAAGACAAGAAGUAAUGAGACUGAUGCUUCAAGUGAAGAAGACAUUAUUGUCUUGAAUAUUAAGCCUAUCAAUAAAUUACUGUCACUAAA